UCGCGGAUCGCAAAUGUUUUGAGACAAACGCCGUUCCUCUCUGCACUAGUUAAGGUGUAUCUAGGUUAAAUUCGCGAGUGUCUGGUGUGUUACAAAAUGAUGGAAAGUGUGCAAAAAAAGCAUCUGAAAGCGAUACGAAAAUUGACUAAGUAGAUUGUUGGCCAACUGCUUGUGUCGGGUCGGGUGUUCGAUGAAAAGCGAAACCUGUGCGAAAAAAGAAAGCGAGUUUUCACUUUUUAUUUAGUCAGCCAUCGCUGGAAGUGCACUUCGUCUGCGGAUCCCCCGUUCGGUUUCGAGUCCCAGUCCCCAGCCCCAUUUGUGAUUAAGAUAAAGAGCGAGCACAAGUGCGGCGAGUGUUGUUCGAUCGCCCCCCAAUCAAAAACCAAAGAACUUUAGACGUCGAAGAACCUCUGGAAUACGGAAUAAUCGCACAGACUACAUACUACAUACUACAUACUACAACACAGCACAGCUCAGCACACAAAAUGAUAAAAACAAAGAGCAGUGACGACAAACUGGACACUCUGCUCUCGCGCAGCGUGGUUCCGAUCAUCGAUCUCGCCCACUGUGGUAUCGAGGAGGUGCCGGUCAAGUCGGUGGUCAACCGCGUGGGUCACCAGCUGAAGAAGGCCCUCUCCGAGAAGGGCAUGGCCCUGCUGGUCAACCAUGGCAUAUCAGACGAGAAGCUUAAGACUGCCUGGGAUCACCUGGAUGACUUCGUGGACCUGCCGCCCGACGUCAGACAGCACUAUAUCCGCACGGAUGGGGACAAACACGGCUACGUGAGUCGCGGCCAGCAAAGAUUCGAUGGCAAGGCGCCGGAACUGCGACACGCCUUCAACAUCAGCACUCUGAACGCCCAGAAUCUGCCGGAGGAGCCGCUGCCCGGAUUCGCGGACCACAUCAGCACCCUGGCCACGGACUUCAAGGCGCUGGCCAGCUUCAUCCUGCAGGCGCUGGCCGUCUCGCUGGACAUUCCGCACACGUUCUUCCUCGAAAAGCACUCGCAUAUGCUGUCCGGCGACCACGACAACAUGAGCUCCCUGCGCAUGCUCUACUAUCCGCCCAUUGUGGACGACGAGCCGGGCCAAAACGACGUGAUCAAGGGCCGGUGCCAGUACAGCUACCAGCGCUGUUUGUCCAACCAGCCCGACUUCCGGCCGGAGCACAAUCCCCGCGACGAGGACGACCUCAACGAGGUGGACGGCCCCAAUGGACAGCUGUUCGAGCACAAACUGGGCAACGGCGCGGUCAUCCAGUGUCCACCGCACGUGGACUACGGCACCUUCACCCUGCUCUCCCAGGACUCCGAGGGCGGACUGGAGGUGAAGCUGCCCGGCAGCGAAAAGUGGCACCGCGUGGGACACCUGCCCGGCUCCAUUCUCGUCAACGUCGGCGAGAUCUUGAAUAUCUGGACUCAGGAACGAUAUCCCGCCUUGCAACAUCGCGUGGUUAUACCAGAACAGGAACACAUUCGUGCCCGUGGUCGCCACUCGAUAGCCUUCUUCUGCCAUCCGGAUAACAUUACCAUGAUAUCGCCCAACGAUCUGCCUAAUCCAGAUGCCGCCCAGGACAAGGCGUGUCUCAAGCAGCGAAAGAAGUCCUUCAAGGCGGCGAAAGAACGAGUCUACAACGCAUAUCAGUUAAUACAGAAAAAGUUUAGAGAUACGUAUAGCAAUAACAAUCACUCAUAACGACCAUAGACCGUCGAGCCAUCCAUCGCAUCUCUACCUGAACCGGAAUGAAGAUUGGUCGUGGAAACGGAUGGGGAAAAUGAAAAGCAGCAACUCAUAUGAUGAUGUUUUGAACCUUUUUAUUAUUACCUUUACUUUUAUUCCAUACGAUUGUAAUUGCUUCAUUUCAUUAAUUUAUAUGUAUCUAGAUACUAUAUACAAUACAUGCAUACACCGUAAACAUAUCCCUUUGUAUAAUAAAUAUAUAUGUAUAAUUUAAUAUAGUUUCCACUGAAAAA